AUGUAUACCCUUGAGCAAAUAAUUCAACUGUUGUUGUCACUUGCCAACACAUCGAUCCAACACUCACAUGUUUCAGAAAACUUGAUCUCACAUUCCCCUUCACACUCGACUGACGUUUCAUCCUCCACAGAAACAUCCCUUCCAACUACACCUCUUUCAAAUGAAAGUGGUUGUGGUAUUCAUCAACCAGAGACUCCAACAACCACUUGUCAGGAAUCCAUUUCUGAGAGUUCUUCUUCACGUGCUGUGACAACUCCUUCAACUUUGAAACAACAAACGAGUUCAGGAAAGAAAAUUUCAUCUCGAUAUACCAAACUGCGCAAACAAUUGAGAAAUUGUGAUCAUUUCCAAGAGAAUUACUUUGUGUUUAACUCUUUCGACGAACCUGAGGAGAACAACACUCGACACUCCAAUCCAUCUCGAACUUUGAAACGAACCAAAGAGGAUUCUUCGAGUGGGCCAACAAGGAAUCGAAAACAUCGCAAGAAGGACCUUGUUAAUACAAACCCGCCGAAGCACUGCUUGCCAUUGGAUGACGAUCCAUACACGAGUCCGCAACAACCACAACAACAAUUCGAACAACAACAACAUAAUGAUGUCAAUGAAUUAAUUGUACAUGAAUGGAUUCCAGUGGAUCCAAGCACAUGUACUGCCAUGCCGCAACACCUUCCACUUGUUAUUGGUAAUCAUCAGCAAAUCUCUUCACAGGUUCAUGAAACUCAAAUUCUUAAUGAGAACAUUCAACAAGUUUUCUCAACAUUAUUCGAUUCGACACAUCCCGAUUUCGAAAGACAAUUCCAACAAGUGUUUCAAGCAUGGCUCAUGGUCAAGCAAGUACUUGCCAUGCACUAUAAUCACUCCAACCAUUUCAAUUCAGUACCUCAACCAAAUAUGGAUAACAUUGUGUUUUCCGAUCCCACAGUUGAUACUAAUUGUUACGAACAAGAUAAGGAUAUGUCUUUUUUAUUUGCCAACAAUUCCAAUAAAUAA